AUUUAAAGUCUGAACAUUCCCUUCUCUCUUUCUCUCUAAAGUCCUCAACCCUAAAGUUUCCUCUCUCUCUUAAGCAGACGUGAUGGCUUGCUUGAUGAACUGUUUCAGAAACACCGAGACCAAUCCCAGCAUUGACAGUAGAGAAAGAUUUGGACUAGGAGAGUAUAGCUAUGGUAAACUAGCAGAUUCAACUGACAAGUUCUCCAAUGCAAAUCUCCUUGGUGAGGGUGGUUUUGGCCAAGUCUACAAAGGAUCACUAAAUGGCAAUGUUGUUGCUGUUAAGAAACUUAAACAACUUCCGGAUGAACAAUCCAAAGAAGGAUUGGAGCAAGAGAUCAAGGUUGUUAGCAGUGUGAGUCAUAAAAAUCUUGUUAAACUGUUCGGAUACUGUAUCGAAGGACCCAAUAGAUUGCUUGUUUUGGAGUAUGUUCCCCAAAGAUCAUUAAAAUUUCAUUUACAUGGAAACAAUAUUCUAGAGUGGAAGAAUAGAAUGAAAAUUGCUAUAGGAUCAGCUAAAGGGUUGGAAUACCUUCAUGAACUAUGCAAACCCAAAAUUAUACAUUGUGAUAUUAAGGCUGAUAAUAUUCUUAUUGACGACAAUUUUGAACCUAAGGUUGCAGAUUUUGGUCUUGCAUUGUUUUUCCAGAAAUCGGUAGCCUCACUCACAUCUCUAGAUCAAAUAAGGGGAACUGAAGUGUAAGAUGUUAAUUUUCCUAAGAGGUCUAAUAUAAGAACAUUAUAGUCUGAUUUCUUAUAAUUAAUGAAAUAAAAAUAAAGAAAAAUUCCAUUUUUAGGUUUCACUUUCAAAAGUUUCGAUUUUUCUAAAAGAUGUUUUAAUGAUUCUUUAAUAUAGUUAUGCAGAUCCAGAGAAUUAUCCUUCUCAGAAAGUAUCUGAAAAGUCAGAUGUUUAUUCCUAUGGUGUAGUGCUAUUAGAGCUAAUAACCGGGAGAAAAACUAAAGUGGAAGGCGUGGAAGGCAUAGAUAUUGUU